AUGGGACUAUCUUUCUACACAUUUGUGAUCUUUUUCUUGAGUCUUAUUGUUCAUUUUAGUUCAAUCAAUUCUCGGUCACUUAUCGACAUUUCGUUAGCUCCUUCUCUUGCUCCCCAACCAGCUAUUACACCCAAUAUUGUUCAAUCCACUUCUACUAUUUUUGAUGUAAGGUCGUCUGGGGCUGUUGGGGAUGGUGUUACCGAUGAUACACAAGCUUUCAAGUUGGCAUGGGAUUCCGCUUGCCAAAGUGACAAACCGGCAACGCUUCUUGUUCCAAAACAUUAUAGCUUCUUGAUACAGUCUACUAUUUUCACUGGAAGUUGUGGCAAUGGGGUUGUGUUUCAGGUUGAAGGGACUAUAAUGGCACCCGAUGGACCAAGUGUGUGGCCAAAAGGUAUGAGCAAGAGACAAUGGCUUGUGUUUUAUAGGGUAAAUGGCAUGGUUUUACAAGGUGGUGGAGUUAUUGAUGGAAGGGGAGAGAAGUGGUGGGAUCUUCCUUGCAAACCUCACAAGGGACCAAAGGGAACAACUUCGCCGGGUCCGUGUGACAGCCCCGUUGCCAUUAGGUUUUUCAUGAGCACAAAUGUAACAGUUCAAGGAAUUAAAGUGAAGAACAGUCCACAAUUCCAUUUCAGGUUUGAUGGGUGUAACGGCAUACACAUCGAUUCACUGAAUAUCAAAGCUCCUUCUCUAAGUCCCAACACAGAUGGAAUCCAUAUCGAGAACACAAACGAUGUGACGAUAUACAAUUCACUCAUAUCCAACGGUGAUGAUUGUGUCUCGAUUGGGGCAGGAAGUUAUAAUGUGGACAUAAAGAACAUAACAUGUGGUCCAAGCCAUGGGAUAAGCAUCGGCAGUCUCGGAAGCCGUAAUACACGAGCAUGCGUAUCAAAUAUAAGCGUCGCAGAUUCAGUGAUCAAGCAUUCAGAUAACGGUGUCCGAAUCAAGACAUGGCAAGGCGGAUUUGGUUCGGUGUCAAAAGUUAAGUUCAUGAACAUCCAUAUGGACACUGUUAGGAACCCCAUCAUGAUUGACCAAUACUAUUGCCAAACCAAAGGAAUGUGCCCAAACCAGACAUCAGCGGUUCGUAUAUUUGACAUAACAUACCAAAAGAUUACUGGAACUUAUGAUUUUAGAAGCCCGGCAGUGCAUUUAGGGUGCAGUGAUAGCGUACCGUGUACUAAUUUGACAUUCUCUGAAGUGGAAUUGGUGCCUUCACAAGGCCAAAACAUAUUGAGUCCAUAUUGUUGGAAUGCAUAUGGAAAUCUACAAACUCUUACUAUUCCACCAGUUUUCUGCUUAUUGGAUGGUAACCCUGUAUCUUUGAUUGAUGCUAAUACUGAUGAUCAGUGUUGAAGAUUAUCAAA